CAAGAAGCGUUUGAGGAAAGCUCCAUGGAAAUGUGUGAGCGGAAUCCUUUAAAUCCCGGCUAUGUUGGUUCUCUGCUGAAUUUUACUCCCCCUGAGUCGCUGUAUUUCUCCAACUUGCGGGGUAAUGGAGCGCACAUACCCGGGCUGCACCAGAUCCCGUACAACAGGAGAGAGGUGUGCACGCUCCCGUGGACUUCCUCAAGUUCGUGCACGUCUGGACCAGCAGCACCACCACAGAGCCGCGCCUUUGGAGGCUACUGUCCGCCGUUUCUGUCCAACUCGGUCUCUAUAAAUACCAACUCCUCCAGUAGCGGCGGCGGCCACGUCAAGGCGCAUCUGGAGGAGUCGGCGCGAUGCUUUCAGGGCACAAACCACAAGACGGAGGUGUCUGGCAGGCGGGAGGAGGUUUACGCUGCCGGGGAGCACGGGGCCGCCAGUGGAUACUCGGACCUGGAGAGCAGAUCUCACGGUGCUGCGGCCCAGCUUGAUCCGGAUUCUGCUGCACUAAAUGUGAACAGCGCCAAACAGGAACAGAAUUCCAUUCACGCAUCGUCUAGUCACACAUGCUCCAGGACGACUUUCGCAGAUGGUGCCCCAUGGUGCUCGUCACAAGUGAAAACCAGAAAGAAGAGAAAGCCUUACACCAAGCCACAGCUGGCUGAACUUGAGAAUGAAUUCAUGACGAAUGAAUUCAUCAACAGACAGAAAAGAAAAGAGUUGUCAGAGAGACUGGAUCUGAGCGACCAACAAGUGAAAAUCUGGUUUCAAAACCGGAGGAUGAAAAAGAAACGGCUGAUGAUGCGCGAACACGCGUUCUCUGCGUACUGAUGACCUUUGGACUUGAUCAUGACCAGCAGCAGCGCACAAUGUUGUACUAUGAAAGUUGCAUCAUAUCACAUGCCCUCUCAGUUUGUGGCACGGACUUGUAUUUAUAGAUAUGUAUAAAAUGUUUAUAUUCCUGUCACGUAAUAGGCUACAGUUUUAUCCAGCCCCAAGUUCAAUGAUAUUAAUAGGAAUAAAAAUGCGUUGCAGAUUAAGAUAUAUUCGAUUCUCCCUAAUUUGUCAUUUCUAAUAUUGAGAUUCUCCAAAUGCGCAGUAAAGGCCCUGCUCCUGACGGCCUAUAGCCGCGGAUAAUAAACAUUUACACCUAAUUGUUUCUCAUCCAGCUCAAAAGUUUUUAAUCUAUGACCUAUUUAAACAGGGAUAUGGUUCUAUAUGUGUUAAUGUAUUUUGUAUGGUGGCCUGCGCAUGUGGUGUGGGCCUAUAAUGUGGAAGCAAACAGUCAAGUUCAUGUUUACGGACGCUUAAAACAUUAACAAAUAAGUUUUGCAAAAAUAUGUUAUAACUGCAUGUAUAUUUCUUAAUUGUUGUUAUUCAAUUAAACGCCUGAUUCCCCCCCA